AUGUUACCGUUGGCUACGGAGCAAAUCACAUUGCUCACUUCGCUGGAGAAGUCAUUGGCGCGGUAUAAAUCGGAGGAGUCGGGACACACCGAGAGUCAUCUGGAAGCCAGAUUGGACUCGAUUGCCCACCUUCACGCAGAUUUUCAGCGCAAUCAUCACCAACUGGAGCAAGAACGAGAUAAUGCGGAGAUAAAGGGCAGAUAUUUUGACAAAGACAUCAGAGACUGUUUCGAAGAAACCUACAUAAUGGGAGUAGCUGAGAUUCGAAAUAAGUUGCAGAGACAUAAGGAUCGGAGAAUCCCGGCGUCGACUGCAUUUGAUGAGUCUUGUUUGCAUCAGACGGUGCAUGAACAAAUGGGACCAUGUUUGGAGGAAGUGAAACUCCCAACAGUUAAACUGCCUACCUUGAGCGGGAAAUUUAUUGAGUGGCCGGCGUUUAAAGAGGUGUUUUUAACAAGAGUACACCACUGCGACAAGCUGACGGUCUUACAUCGUUUUCAUUAUUUGAAGGAUUCAUUGGUUGGAGACGCAGCAAAGGAUAUUGAACAUCUAACGCUAAUAGCGGCGAACUAUGAAGUGGCUUGGAGAAUGUUGAUGAAUUUGUAUGAUAACAAACAAAUGUUAUUUUUACAUUACAUGGAUGUGUUCGAUCAGCAAUUACCAAUAAAAUAUGGAGAUGCGGAAAGUUUGAGAAGAUUUGUGCAAACUUCCCGCUCAUGUGUGAAUUCAUUGGAGAAGACUGGUGUGAAUGUGCGACAACAGUCUGAAAUUUUAGUAUACUACAUGAUGAAGAGAUUACCGAAUUAA